GAGCUAAAAUGUUCCUCCCUUCAAGCCCACUACUUAAACAUAACUAAUGUAAUUCUGAAAAUCUAUUUUGCCCAUGGGGCAACAGCUCAAACAAGACUUAUUGACUCUUACCCAGAGCAAGAACACAGCUAAAGGUAUUCACAGACUGAACUCAGGUAUGUCUCUCAUUGUUGCCAUUGUGAUCUUUCUACCCUAUGCUUUGGGCUUAACAAAUCCAUGCCCUUUACUCUGUAAUUGUACAUCUUCUCCCAACAUUUCUGUGGUUUGUACAUUGAAAGAACUAGACUCGUUCCCCUGCAGCUUCCCUCUACCUACCAUUUCCAUCUCUGUCGAAUUCACCAAUAUUACUUCUCUCUGCAAUGGUUCUCUCUCAGAGCUGCCAAGCUUACAAGAGUUGCAUCUUUCCAACAAUGCACUGGAAUCUCUUCCUACCAAUUUUCUCAUCCCAUUAAACAGUCUGCACACCCUGGACCUCACUAACAACCUCAUUAAGUCUAUUUCACCAACUUUGUUCCUGGAUGUACCAGCUCUCCGUUUACUGGUGCUUAGGGGAAAUUUACUGACAAAUCUUUGGAUAUCAAAAAUUGCAAUACUGGAAAACCUGAACUGGCUGGAUUUAUCCCACAAUCAUCUAAAAGAAGUGGAUUCUAUGAGCUUCUCCUCUCUUUACAAAUUAGAGACUCUUGACCUCUCAUAUAACCAGCUGCACCAGUUGCCAUCAUCUUUGCUUAAAGGACUGCCUUUGUUACAGCGCCUGAACCUUGAGGGAAACAAUCUCUCCUCAUUACCCCCUGAUUUCUUUGCAGCUACUCCUUUCUUAAAACAUGUGUUUCUGGCACAAAACUCCCUGCAUUUUUUACCUGAAGGUCUUCUGCUGCCAGUUAUGUCUCUGAAAACUCUUGAUUUAUCAGAAAACAUACUCAAAUCACUUCCCUCUGGCUUUCUACAAGAUGGCAAAGGAUUGGAGGAGAGUAUGGAACAGACUCUGGACCUAUCGAAUAACCCUUGGCAUUGUGACUGCAAUUUGUUAUCCUUGCAUCAUUGGGUGACUGAGCACAAGAACAAUCUAUAUUCCAUAGAUAACACACAGUGUGCAGGACCUGGUGCUUUAAAAAACUGCACUCUGCAUCAGGUGAAAGUGUUAGAAUUGUGCCAAAAGUAAACUUAAACACUAAGGGGCAGAUUUAUCAAAGGUCGAAUUUCGGAUAAAAAAAACGACCAACCGAAAUGUGUUUUAAAAAAAAACAAAAAACCUUUUUUUUAUUUGGGCGAAUAGGCUGUUUUCGUUUGAAUCGUACGAAACAAAGUAAUAGCACAUUCAAACGAAUUCGAAUCGAAGUUUUUUGAAAAAAAACCUUUGAUUGACUACAAAUAGCUUCUAGGAGGUCUCCCAUCGGCUUAAACAGGAAUCCGGCAGGUUUUAGAUGUCGAAUGGUCAAAGUCCAUGAUAAAUUUCGAUAUUCAAAUUUUUUUCAAAUUUAAAUCGAAUUUGGACUAUUCCCUAAUCGAAGUACACAAAAAAAGCUUCAAAUUCUAUUUUUUUUUAUUCUAAUUUUCACUUCGGCUCUUGAUAAAUCUGGCCCUAAAUCUAAAACAAUUGAAACAAAAAUUACAAAAAUUAUUGUAUAAUCCAUUUAAUGUUAUGUUGCCUAUAAAGUACCAGCAGAUCUGAAGACAGUUUCAGGCUAUACAUGUUAUAAAUGCACACAGGGGAGAACAUCAUUUUAACAAAUAAAAGGGUAAAGGCUCUACAACUAGACCUAGCAGUGAUUAUUUAAAUAAAAAGAUGUAAAUGAA